UCGUCUCCAUCUCUCGCACAGAGUGACAGAGCCUAUCGAGCAGUGUGCGUUGACAGGUUGCGGCAGAAAUAAAUAUUCUAAAAAAAUCACUGUUUGAUAACGUUUGUGAUCCACGUAGACUGUUCACUUAAAUUACAGUAACGUAAAAGUUCUCAGCGCGUUAACGCUCUCGUCUAUCUUCGCCGAAAAGUACUCACAAAAGCAUCAAAAUGUCUCUGUAUCCUACACUGGAGGACAUGAAAGUAGAUCACCUGAUGAAAGCUCAGGUGCAGGCAGAGUCACAGUAUGUCGUUCCACCGAUAUCAGCUGGACCUGCAAUCCCCUCUGCCCCUACAUACGUUCCUUCCGCAUCUACUUCACUAUAUCCAUCCUUGGGUGAUUACAUGGGACUCGAGCUGAACGAAGAGACCAUCGUACAGAACAUGCCGGAAUAUGCGCUCGCUACGCGUCCAAGUGCUGAUAACAUAUGGUUUCAGAUGGUUCUUAGUUCAUCAAACAUUACGUACGGUCCACUAAUGGGAAUGAUUGCUCCUUUGUCAGGACAAUCGCAGGCUUUGCAGAAAGCCCACGUGACAAAUGGUAUCAGAGAGCUAAUAUUGUGCAAAGAUGGAGAUGGAAAAGUCGGCGUCAGAGUUCACGCAGUGAACAACGGUAUCUUCGUGUGCCUCGUGAGUCAGAAUUCUCCGGCGGCGAUGGUCGGACUACGUUUUGGCGAUCAGAUUUUAAGCAUCAACGAUACUUGCGUCGCCGGGUACACGAUGGAUCAAGUGCACAAACUUUUCCGCAACGCGAGCACCAAUGGGAUCAAAGUGGCCGUGCGCGACAGACCUUUCGAGCGUACUGUAACGAUGCACAAAGACAGUAUGGGAUACAUCGGAUUCCAAUUCAAGAAUGGCAAAAUAAUCGCCUUGGUCAAACACUCGUCGGCCGCGCGGAACGGGCUUCUGACCGAUCAUCAAAUACUUGAAAUUAAUGGAAAGAACAUCGUUGGGAUGAAAGACAAAGACAUUACCACGGAGAUAGAAAGUGGUGGAAAUAUUAUUACGGUUACCAUAAUCCCCUCGUAUAUCUACGAUCACAUGGUGAAAAAGAUGUCCAACAGUUUGUUGAAAAACCUGAUGGACCAUUCCGCGUUGGAUCUCUAAGUGGAAAGAAAUUUUGCCAGUCUCGUAUGCAGGCGUACAACCAACCGUGAGUGGGCACGUGCAUUAUUCCCCGUAGCUUUACUAUUAUCACGAAGGAAUAACAAAUACUCUAUAUCUCUAUGUAUACGUAUACCACAGAGCACGUCCACGAGACGUCACGAGCCGUAUUAUUUUUCUGCGAGCGUAAUGUAUGUGAUAUCCGUUUAGAACGUAAACGCCCGUGUGUGUUCCGCGUCAGUUUCACGACACUGACUCUAAAACCAAUGCGAAGAUGUGUAUCAAAAAUUAUUUUUUUAUAUAGAAGCACUCUGAAGCUUACGGAGAGUAUGCGGAAUCGAUCCUGUCCUACUUGUUUCUGUUUGUUCCUAUGAAAUUAUUGAUGUUUCCUCACUCUUUUUCGCUUUCUUAUUAAUGAUACAUUUCGUGUUCGACACAUUAAAUAAAAAAAAAUUUUAAGUAGUAUGACAAAGAUUCACUGUGUUAGGAAAACAAUAAAACAUUAAAGUCUUGUUUAGAAUUUAC